CGCCACGAUGUGUCUGCUCCACUUACACACUCACAUACGGGGCUAAAGUCACUCCCACCUCUCACUGUAGGAAUUUAUGGUCAGUUUGGACUCCCCAAAACUCCGCCUGAAACUGAAACUACUAAAUGCACGGAUUUGAGUGUAUACUGAGCUUACACAGCCUGUUUGCAACCCCAUUCAUUUGGUAACACUGAAUUUAGUUGCUGUGAACUCUACCACCUGCAAGUUGUGAAAGGCCCAGCAUGGAUGAGGCAGAGAUGUACCAACAAAGGCUGCAAGCCAUAGCGGAGAGGCGUCGACAGCAGGAAGAAGAGAAGAAGCUUCGGAGAGAGACAGAUGAGGAGUGGUUGAAGACAGCCCAGAGAAAGAGGAAGAACUUGAGGGAGCAGUGGCUCAGUGAAACAGCUCCAGCUCCUGUCCUGCCUUCACUUGACAGCUCUAGGCCCCGUCCACCACCACAAGACGAAGCAGACAAGCACACGGCAGCGGAACAAACCAAAAGUCAAAAGACGCCCGAGGACGAGGAGGAGGACGAGGCAGCUGAUGCCAAAGAGGAGAAACAAGCCUUCCAAGAAGAAAACAAAGAGUCCAUCAACUGUACAGCCGCAGCCAGAACACACAACCACUAUCAGGCUGGCACUGACGAGGACGUACAAGUGAAUAAAGAGGCUGAGGAUCACUUCACUAUACAAAUGGCACAAAGGAUGUUUCAUGAAAAUGGGCAAGAUGGCCGAUCAGUUCUGGGAACAUUGGCAGUGCAGGUCGAGAAAGACCCAAGGACAGGUGCCACAGUCGUCAGGUCAGUGGCCCCCGUGCUCACACCGGCUGGUGCUCCGACAGCUACCACUGUCUUCGACGAUGGCAGAAAGAGCAUCCACGCUGUUGGUGGGGUGGGAGGUCAACCCUCCACCGAAGAGCUCGGGCAGAUCUUGAGCGUUAUCGACGGGGUUGGGAUGAAAGUGCUGCUGGAUGAGGUCACAGUCACACCAAACAAGGCGGAAACAAAGACAGAGAAUGUCGAUGCCAACAGAGCCCCAGAGGGAAAAGUCCUGUCUUUUUCUACCUGUCAUGCCAUAUCAGAGGAGGACAGUACGCAGUUAGACAGCUCAAGAAGCCACGACUUGGAAGCUGAGCUGAGGAGAGAGGACUGUGCUGUAAGCAUGGGAAACGAGGAGGAUAAGAAAGAGGACAGAAGCAUCACGGCGGUUAGAGACAUCGCAGGGGAAGUAGGUUACGUGGAGGAUCAAAUGUUGGAGGAAGGCCCAGUCACUCUUUUGUUCCUCGGAUAUGCUGAUGCUACAACUGACCAAGGAAACGGUCAAGAGGACCACGAAGGCAUGCUUACUGUGGAAAGAGUAAUGAUCACUGAGGAAGGAGAAGAACAUGUCUUAGGACCUGAAACAUCUGCUUCACCUCAGGAAGGGAAAGAGUCCCAAGACCAAGUAUUUCAGGACAUUCCCCUGGAAGGAAAUGGGGCAGGAGUUAAAGUCCAGGGAGAGGAAGGUGAUAAGGAGCUGCAUAAUUCAUCAUUACCCAGUAUAGCAGAGGGAGGAGGUUCCAAGCGCAAGACCUGUCAGUGUUGCUCUGUCAUGUAAGGAAAUGAUUGAAAGGAGAGAUUCCCCUCUUCAGCCUUAAUCCUAACAUUUAUAAUACUGUGCCUUCCAUUAGGAACUGUGUGCUGCAUUGCUGCCUCAAUGACUAAUAUGAGAGAAUACACCACCAUCUGGUAUUAUGUUACGAUGGUUUUGGCUUUAAGCACCCAGCACUUCACUUCGCUUUGCCAAAGAAGCAGACAUUUAUUAUGUUGUAGGUCUUUUAUAGCAGCUGUGGACUGACAAAAGCUCCGAGGUACUAUUAAAACCCACUUCCUCCCUCUGGUGGACAAAGCUGAGAAUUUCAACAUGCCCUCCUGAAGGCUUGAAGAUACUUAAGACUCCAAUAUCUUUCUGCCUUAGGACUUGUUCUGUGCCGCAUCAGCUGAAAAUAUUCCAUGUUUGCUCUAGGAAUGGAAAAGAGCAGGAGAAGCAUAUUUUACAGCUUUGAGCACAAAUAUUAGUAAUCAGUAAUCAUGGUGUGAUCCAGUGUGUCUGUCUUGAAAAGUAAAGAGAAUAGUGACGUUUGUAACAUCCUUUGUACUUUCAUACCCAUUACUACUCAGGGCUGUAGCUACCACUGAGGACAGAGAGAAUUUGGGGGUUUUAAUGUCAUUCACAUUUUACUUGUUGAGUUUCUUAAGCCUUAAUCAGUUGUAUUUUAGUCUCCAAAUCCUUAAGCUAAUAGUUUUAAUAAUUUGGGGAAAUACCAUCAUUCAUUUUUCGCUUUUACAUUAAUCAAACAUUUGAUGUAUUACUUAAUGAGCUUUAGAGGUGCUAGUAGGUGAAUCGUGUUACUUUUGGACAGAGCCAGGCUUGCUUUUGGUAUCGAUAUUUUCAUCCAACUCUUAGCAAGAAAGCAAAGUUACUUACCCAAAAUGUCAAACUAUGCUUUUAAAUUAGAUUGUUUUAGACUUGAAACAAUUUUAUCCAUCAGAAUUGUGUUGCUGGCAUUGUAGGAAAAGCAUUGAAGCUGCAUUAGGGCAAUAGUAUAGGGAGAUAAAAUAUUAAUAUGUUAAUAUAAUUUAGCAGUUAAAUUACUGUAGAACAUGUGGGAAAAUAACAUUUUACAGACUUGUUUUUGUGGCUAGUUGAAAAUAAUUUUAAUAUUUGGUAUAAUUUGUAUUAAUUUGGUAUAAAAUGAAUUUAAUGCAGUGGAUGUAAACUGGAAUAUAUGAUUAUAAACAGAAUAUAAUGAG